UGAAGAAGAUGAACUAAUUAAAUUUCCAGCACUUGUAAUUUCUCAGGAGCCAGUUUGGGUUCAACUUGAAAAUCAAAAACACACUUUUUUGUAUAUACAGGUUAUUUUACAAUUAAUUUUAUUAUAAAAAAUUCUCUAAAGAAUUUAUUAUAUUGUAAAGCAAAAGCGUAGUCAGGGGGACUUCCUCCUUAGGAACUCCAAAAUUUUGGGAAACCCCCCCCCCAUUUAGCCCUCCUCUUGAAAUCGACUCCCCUUGGCUAUCUAACUCCAAAUAUCCUUUUAAAUUUGUGCCUAUUUCUUCUUUAAGAGAUACCCUGCCAAAGUGAUAGAUGAAGAAUGUUCACUGGACCUCCCGACUAUUUUAGUAGACCUCCAGAUGUUUCACUUGUUUCUAGGAGGACUGACUAUUUGGGGAUGUUUUCGGCGUCCAAGUAUUCACGCGGUACUCCCGAAGAACUACCGACGGUAUUUUUUGGUAUUUAUCGAUACUACUGUCGGUAGAACGUUACUUUUAUUUCAUAUUUGUUGGUUAUCUUUUACAAAAUGUCAACGUUCUUUAUCUGCUGAAAUGAAUGAAACUACAAGUUUUUUAUUUUUAACAAUGAUUUUGUUGGCACAAUCUUGUUGGAAAUAUUUUGGUUUUGGUAUUUUUGAACAAUUAAUUGAACAUUUGAAUAAUAAGAAGCACUUUCAUUGCCCAGAAUUAUUUUCUUAUUUAACCGAGCGUUCACUAAUAGAUCAAUUAUUGGCUUUAGAAAACAUUUUGUUUUGUUUUGACAAAAAAGGAACAGAAAACAAUUUAAAUUUCCUCCCUCACUCAAUUAUUCGUUCACAAAUUCAAGAAGGAAAAAUUAAUUUGGCAGCCAAAGAAUUUACUUCUUUUCAAAUUUUGAACAAUUUUUUGGAACAAAAUCAACUCAAAAUUCGUGAAAUAAUUUAAUUUUAUUUAUGUAAUUAUUUAAUUUGCCCUAAUAAUAACGCCAAAACCUAAUUUUAAUUAAUUUAACUAAUAUUUGUUAUGAUUUUUCAAUUUUGCAUAAAUUAUUUUAUUUUUGUUAAGCAAGUAUUCGCAAUUAUUCUGUACAUUUUUGUCGUUUUCGCAAUUGUCUUUACAUAUUUUUUAUUUAAUGCCUACGGGACAAGUUUACGUCU